AUGGUCGACCCACGGAAGGUGCCGCGCACCUCCUAUGACUCGCAAGCUACCGCCUCAGAUGCAUCAAUAGACAAGCACGAGAAGCUCGAACGCUAUCGCGACGGCUCGAAUUCCCCCGACGGACCUUCGCUAUACCCACCCAAGCGCACAUCCUCGCGCUACGAUGCCGAAACAUAUGAGCUUGAGGGCAGUCAAGAUGUGGUGCUCGACGACGACGAAGAAGUCGGGCUCAUGCAAGCAGACCGAGACGCGAGAACAAGGCGGCGGAGGCUCCCGAUAUGGGCACGGCUAGGAUCGAGGGGGCUCAAGUCGAGGAAGAAGCGGCCGAGCGUCUUUGCUGGAUGCUUGAUAUUCAGUGGUGUCGUCCUCGGUUUCAUGCUCGCACUACCGCUCUUGCAAUGGCUAUCGUCCAACACUCCCACAUCUGCACCAGCGCCUGCACCGACUUCGGUCUACGACAGCGUCUCUGGCGUCGUCAAUGACGUAUACAACCCCUUCCACGAAGAGGAUCCCUCAAAUGUGUCGAGCAUAUGGAAGCAGCCUGCUUCGCCAGACACCGCCGACGGCCACUACGCCCUCUCCAACAGCUCCAUCUUCCAGGUCGACUUCCAAGACUCUGGCUGGGACACGUUCGCCAAAGCAGCAGCGGGCACUGGUCUGCCGCUCAAGGAAGUCGAGACCAAACGCCAACUCAUGCCGCUUGACAUGGAUAUCAUCUUUGGCGGCACGCUGACACCGCAAACGAGCGACCUCGAGUGGAGCGAGGAGGACCCAGACGAGGGCGUGUUCAGCCACGUCGAUUGGGGCAAGCGCAACAUUUACCUGGAGGACGUCACGCACGCCAGGAAGGAAAAAACCGGUGAAGGGAAGAUUGCCUCGUUCGGUGGCAAGAGCCUCAUCGUGGAGGGUGCGAACGUCAAGGAUGGCGACGGGAGGAGGCUCGAUUGGACCCUGUACAAAUUUUCGCCGGACGUGCGAUGGGUCCUGUUCUACACGAGCGUGACACCCCAGUGGCGGUACAGCAAGAAGAGCCGCGUUUGGCUGCACAACAUCGCGCAGAAGAAGACGAUUCCGAUCGGAUCUGCGAAGUCCAAGAUCUCGUACGCUGCAUUUGCACCCAGCAAGGCCGGGGCUGCUUCGAAAGACCCGCCCAGCGUCGUCUACGUCGAGGACAGCAACCUCUUCGUCAUCCCUCGCGCAGGCGAGAAGGCGAUCCAGGUGACCACCGAUGGGUCGGCGACCGUGUUCAACGCUGUCCCCGACUGGGUGUACGAAGAGGAGGUGUACGGCUCCGACUCGGUGCUGUGGUUCAGUCCCGGCGGGUCGAAGCUGGUCUACUUGCGACUGGACGAGACCGAGGUGCCCGUCUACGAGAUCCCCAAAUACAACCCGGACGCAUAUCGCGCUGGACUCACUACGCCGUACCAGAAGAUGACACGGAUGAAGUAUCCGAAGCCCGGGUUCCCGAAUCCUACCGUCAGCGUCCGGAUGAUUGACCUGGACGAGAUCAAGGACGCCACCAAGCAAGGGGCGAGCGUCAAGCCGACGCAGUACACGCUGCACAGUCCCAUGUCGACCAAGGGCAAGGCGGUGGACGAGGUCGACAAAUUGCUGUCAAGCGAUGCGGGGGUCAAGGAAAGGCUGGUCACAGAAGUCAAGUGGGUGUCGGACGCCGAGCUGCUCGUCAAGGAGACGGACCGAUACAGCGACGUGAUGCGCCUCGUGAAAUUUGAUCUCAAGGACAAGGCUGUCGGGGCGGAUAAAGUCGGCGAGGUGGUGCGAAAGCAAGAUGCCCGUGCCGACAAGAGCGGCUGGAUACGCGCCGCUCAAACGAUCGAGCCGCUCUCACAUCACAAUCUGUCCGUCGACUCGACAGCUUAUCUGGAUAUCGUCGUCUCGCCGGAGGGAUAUCGACACUUGGCAUUUUACCCCUCGGCUGCCUCGGACAAGCCAAUCUUCCUCACGCAGGGCAAGUGGGAGAUCGCCGAGCUAAAGCACGUCGAUGCCAAACGAGGACGAGCCUACUUCACUGCCGCGAGACCGACUCCUGCGCUUCGCAACGUGUACUACGUCGAGCUACCCGACUGGAAGGCUAGCUCCUCUGCGGCCUCCUACAAGCCGAAAGACCCGGUCGCGCUGACCGACGUCUCCACCCCAGGCACGUACGAUGUGACGUUCGAUCCCAAGGGCGCCUACUACAUCCUCUACUACCUCGGCCCGAAUGUCCCCUACCAAAAGAUCCUCUCCAUUGACGACCCCUCGUUCACCCUCGUCCUCGAAGAAAACACGCUCCUCCGCCAGCUAUCCAGCCAGUACGUCAAGCCGUCGAACACGUUCUACCAGCUUGCGCUCAACAGCACCCUCCCGGACGGCACACCCACCGUGGCAAGUGUCAAAGAGAUCCGCCCACACGACUUUGACCCCUCCGGGUCGACGAAGUAUCCCGUGCUGAUGCGCGUCUACGGCGGACCGGACUCGCAGCUUGUCGAUUCGAAGUGGAACCGUGCGGACUGGCAUCAGUACGUCUCGUCCACCUUGGGCUACAUUGUCAUUGUCGUCGAUGGACGAGGUACAGGGUUUAAGGGUCAAUCGUACCGCUCGUGCGUCGCUGGCAACUUGGGUACGCUCGAGGCGACAGACGUCAACGAGGCGGCUCGCCAAAUCUCGCACCUGCCCUACGUCGACGAUACCAAGAUUGGGUUGUGGGGCUGGUCCUACGGCGGUUAUCUCACCGCCAAGACCGUCGAGCUGUCCAAGAACCUCUUUUCGCUCGCCAUCUCCGUCGCCCCCGUAACGAACUGGGGAUUCUACGACUCGAUCUACACAGAACGCUACCUCAAAUCUCCACUCACCAACAAGGCGGGUUACGAAACGUCCUCCAUCCACGUCACACCCGCGUUUUCGUCGACAAAAUACCUCCUCAUGCACGGGAGCGCCGAUGACAACGUGCACUUCUCCAGCUCGGCGCACCUGUUGGACAUGUUGACCAAGGCGAAAGCGCGAGGAUUUCGGUUUCGGAUGUUCACGGAUUCAAGGCACAGCAUGAGCGUGAGGGGUGCGUACAGGGAGCUGUUUGAGGAGAUGAACAGCUUUUUGCACGAGGUGUGGGGGGAUGGUGGCAAGCGAGGGAAGGUGGGGAAGGACCGACCGAGUUUGCACAACUCCGUCGAGUGA